AUGGAAGGCUUGAUGAAAUCGGUUCAGCAGGUUUGGUGUUCCAUAAAAUAUUGGGUGUCUUGGAUUGCUUUAAAACUGAAGGAUGUCAAUGUGCUCACUCGGCGUGAUGAAAGUAUUUUACAGUGUUUCAAUCUACCUUUAACCUUGAGGAAGGAGAUUGCCAUUUCGGUGAAGUGGAAACAUCGUAAGCCAGGUUGGGUUAAGCUGAAUGUGGAUGGUUGCUCUCUUGGUAAUCCGGGUCCUUCGGGUGCGGGUGGUAUUAUUAGGAAUCAUAAAAGGGACUUGGUUUGUGGUUUUUCUGUUGCAAUUGGGCAUUAUUCGAACAACUUUGCCGAAUUGAUGAGUUUACUUCAUGGUCUUCGGCACAUUGAUCAGAUGGGUCAUCUAUUUGUGGAGAUUGAACUGGAUUCUAUGUUAGUGAUUAAUUGGCUGAGAUCUCAAAGACGUGGCCUUUGGUAUAUGGAAGAUUAUUGGGAAGAAAUUCAAAGUCGUCUUGCUGGACUCCAUGUUUCUUUUGUACACUGCUAUCAAGAAAGUAAUUCGGUUGCUGAUGACUUUGCUAAACUGGGUGCUAAAGGUUUAACUGGUUCUUGGACUUCGUUAUCUGAGUUGCCUGCUCACAUUAGAGGUAAUUUUCGACUUGACAGAGGGGGCUUGCCCUAUGUUCAGAAAGUUCGCAGAGUUUGCUAG